AUGGAAUACUUGGCCGCUGAAGUUCUCGAGUUGGCCGGUAACGCCGCCCGUGACAACAAGAAGACCAGGAUCAUCCCCCGUCACUUGCAGUUGGCCAUCCGUAAUGACGAGGAAUUGAACAAGCUCCUCUCUGGCGUCACCAUCGCCCAAGGUGGUGUUUUGCCCAACAUCCAGGCUGUGCUUCUGCCCAAGAAGACCGAAAAGAAGGCAUAAGCUGUCUCCCUCCAGUCGUCUCUUCACUUUAAAACGGCCCUUUUCAGGGCCACCAAUUUGUGUAGCUACCAUAUACCAUUUGUAAUGUAUUCAAGCGGAAUCUCUCGUUCGA